GAAAAGAGGGCACCCAGCUCUUUCCCCUCCCCCAUUCCACACACCCCAGUAACCCCCGCCAAACUGGAGUCCCGGACUUAAUUUAUGAGAAAGGCCCUGUAACCCAGGAUACUGAGUGAACAGGGCGGGCAGGCUCAGGCUGGGGUCUGCAGUUCAGCAUCAAUGGGCCGCUGACAUGAAUAUGGAAGGGUUUUCUCUAGCAAAGGACGAAGAAAGAACAACAAAGAGUUAAGAAAGCAGAGGACCAAAAGGUGAAUCUUUUUAAAAAACUUUUUUAGGUGUACAUGGACACAAUACUUUUAUUUAUUUUUUUGGAGUGGUGAGGUUCGAACCCAGAGCCUCACAUGUGUUAGAAUAAUGUGGGCCAUGGAGCCAGGCCAUCUCUUCUGGGCUCUGUUGUUCAUGCAAUCCUUGUGGCCUCUACUGACUGAUGGAGCCACCCGAGUCUACUACCUUGGCAUCCAGGAUGUACAAUGGAACUAUGCUCCCAAGGGAAGAAAUGUCAUUACAAACCAGACUCUGGAAAGUGACUCAGUGGCUUCCAGUUUUCUAAAGUCAGAUAAGAACCGGAUUGGGAGCACCUACAAGAAGACCAUCUAUAGGGAAUACAAAGAUGGCUCAUAUAUGGAAGAAGUGGCCCAACCUGAUUGGUUGGGCUUCCUGGGGCCAGUGUUACAUGGUGAGGUGGGGGAUGUCAUCCUUAUCCACCUGAAGAAUUUUGCUGCUCGUCCCUAUACUAUCCAUCCCCAUGGUGUUUUCUAUGAGAAAGACUCGGAAGGCUCCCUAUACCCAGAUGGUUCUUCUGGGCUCCUGAAAGCUGAUGACUCUGUUCCCCCGGGAGGCAGCCAUACCUACAACUGGACCAUUCCAGAAGGUCAUGCACCCACCAAUGCUGACCCAGCAUGCCUCACUUGGAUCUACCAUUCUCAUGUAGAUGCUCCACGAGACAUUGCAACAGGCCUCAUUGGACCACUUAUCACCUGUAAAAAAGGAGCCCUAAAUGGGAAUGCCCCUCCUCAGCGGCAGGAUGUGGACCAUAGUUUCUUCCUGCUCUUCAGUGUGGUGGAUGAGAAUCUUAGCUGGCACCUUGAUGAGAACAUUGCCACUUACUGCUCAGACCCUGCCUCAGUGGACAAAGAAGAUGAAGCCUUUCAAGAGAGCAACAGGAUGCAUGCGAUCAAUGGCUUUGUAUUUGGGAACUUACCAGAGCUGAGCAUGUGUGCACAGAAGCAUGUGGCCUGGCAUUUGUUUGGCAUGGGCAAUGAAGUGGAUGUUCAUACAGCUUUCUUCCAUGGACAGAUGCUGACCACCCGUGGACACCGCACUGAUGUGGCUCACAUCUUUCCAGCUACCUUUGUGACUGCUGAGAUGGUUCCUCAGAAGCUUGGUACCUGGUUAAUUAGCUGUCAAGUGAACAGUCACUUGCAAAAUGGCAUGCAGGCACUCUACAAGGUCAACUCUUGCUCCAUGGCUCCUCCUGUGGACCAGCUUACAGGCAAAGUUCGGCAGUACUUCAUUGAGGCCCAUGAGAUUCGAUGGGACUAUGGCCCAAUGGGGCAUGAUGGCAGUACUGGGAAAAGUCUGAGAGAGCCAGGAAGUGGUUCAGAUAAGUUCUUCCAGAAGAACUCCAGUCGAAUUGGAGGUACUUACUGGAAAGUUCGAUAUGAAGCCUUCCAAGACGAGACAUUCCAAGAGAAGUUGCAACUGGAAGAAGAUAAGCAUCUUGGAAUCCUCGGGCCAGUGAUCCGGGCUGAAGUGGGUGACACCAUCCAGGUGGUCUUCUACAACCGUGCCUCCCAGCCAUUCAGCAUGCAACCCCAUGGGGUCUUUUAUGAGAAAGACUAUGAGGGCACUGUGUACAAUGAUGGCGCGUCUCAGCCUGGCUUGGUGGCCAAACCUUUUGAGAAAGUAACAUAUCACUGGACAGUGCCCCCCCAUGCUGGUCCCACUGCUCAGGAUCCUGCCUGUCUCACCUGGAUGUACUUUUCUGCUGCAGAUCCCAUAAGGGAUACAAACUCUGGCCUGGUGGGCCCCCUGCUGGUGUGCAAGGCUGGUGCCUUGGGUGCAGAUGGCAAGCAGAAAGGGAUGGAUAAAGAAUUCUUUCUCCUCUUCACUGUGUUGGAUGAGAACAAGAGCUGGUACAGCAAUGACAAUCAAGCAGCUGCUCUGUUGGAUUCCCGCCUGCUCUCAGAGGAUGUCAAGGGCUUCCAGGAGUCCAAUCGGAUGCAUGCCAUUAAUGGGUUUCUGUUCUCUAACCUGCCCAGGCUGGACAUGUGUAAGGGUGACACAGUGGCCUGGCACCUGCUUGGCCUGGGCACAGAGACUGAUGUGCAUGGAGUCAUGUUCCAGGGCAACACUGUGCAGCUUCAGGGCAUGAGGAAAGGUGCAGCUAUGCUCUUUCCUCACACUUUUGUUAUGGCCAUCAUGCAGCCUGAUAACACUGGAAUAUUUGAAAUUUACUGCCAGGCAGGCAGCCACCGAGAAGCAGGGAUGAGGGCCAUCUAUAAUGUAUCCCAGUGUCCUGGCCGCCAUGUCAGCCCUCGCCAACGCUACCAAGCUGCAAGAAUCUACUACAUCAUGGCAGAAGAGGUGGAGUGGGACUAUUGUCCUGACAGGAGCUGGGAACUGGAAUGGCAUAACAAGUCUGAGAAGGACAGUUAUAGUCACAUCUUCCUGAGCAACAAGGAUGGUCUUCUGGGUUCCAGAUACAAGAAAGCUGUAUUCAGGGAAUAUACUGAUGGUACAUUCAGGAUCCCUCGGCCAAGGUCUGGAUCAGAGGAGCACUUAGGAAUUUUGGGUCCACUUAUCAGAGGAGAGGUUGGUGAUAUCCUGACUGUGGUGUUCAAGAAUAAUGCCAGCCGCCCUUACUCUAUGCAUGCCCAUGGAGUGCUAGAAUCUGGUACUGGCUGGCCACGGGCUGCUGAGCCUGGUGAGGUGCUCACUUACCAGUGGAACAUCCCAGAGAGAUCUGGUCCUGGACCCAACGAUUCUGCUUGUGUUUCCUGGAUCUACUAUUCUGCAGUAGAUCCCAUAAAGGACAUGUAUAGUGGCUUGGUGGGGCCUUUGGCCAUCUGCCGUAAGGGUACCCUGGAACCCCAUGGAAGACGAAAUGACAUGGACCGUGAAUUUGCCUUGUUAUUUUUGAUCUUUGAUGAGAAUCAGUCUUGGUAUUUGGAGGAGAAUGUGGCAACUUACGGGCCCCAAGAGCGAGGCCAUAUUAACCUACAGGACGAGACUUUCUUGGAGAGCAAUAAAAUGCAUGCCAUCAAUGGGAAACUAUAUGCCAACCUCAGGGGUCUUAGCAUGUACCAAGGAGAACGAGUGGCUUGGUACAUGCUGGCCAUGGGCCAAGAUAUUGACUUACACACAGUCCACUUCCAUGCAGAGAGCUUCCUUUAUCAGAAUGGACAGAGCUACAGGGCAGAUGUGGUGGAUCUGUUCCCAGGGACCUUUGAGGUUGUGGAGAUGGUAGCCAGCAACCCUGGGACAUGGCUGAUGCAUUGCCAUGUGACUGACCAUGUUCAUGCUGGCAUGGAGACCCUCUUUACUGUCUUAUCCCCAAAAGAACGCUUAAGUACCAUCACUGCUAUCACCAAAGAGAUUGGAAAAGCAGUGAUCCUAAAAGAUAUUGGAGAAGGCAAUGUGAGGAUGCUGGGCAUGCAGAUCCCCAUAAAGGAUGUCGAGAUACUGGCUUCUGUUUUGAUUGUCAUGGGCAUCAUCCUCCUGCUUGUUGCUCUGGCUCUUGGUGGUGUGGUCUGGUACCAGCAUCGACAAAGAAAGCUACGCCGCAACAGGAGAUCCAUCCUGGAUGAUAGCUUCAAGCUUCUGUCUCUCAAACAGUAAUAAUUGAAGCCUGGGGAUAUCCUCAGCAAGCACAUCUGGUUUGUACUCCCAGACCCCCAGGAGGCCAUGGACUAACAGUUAACUCUACUGUCAAAUGGGCAUGGGUGGUGGAGAAGCAGAGGAGGAAAUCAAAAUUACAUGUAUAUUUCUUCAUUUAUUUAUUUACAUGGAAAUUAUAUGCACUCACAUUUUUUUUUAGUUUCUUUUCUAUACUUUGGCACCCAGCACUAGGUAAGUCCCCUAGAAUCCUACACCAUGAAUUUCAGCAACUAUAUUAUAUCACCCUUCAAAUUUUAGGAAGCCUGGAAAUUCCUAAAAAGUAAUACUCUUCAAAAAGUAAAUACCAAAAGAAACUCAUCAAUUAGGUUUCUGUUGCUUUCUGGGAUGUAGGCAAGUUUACUUUUAACUGAGGUUAAGUGAGCUAUGAAGAAAACCCACAAUUAAACUAAAAACUAAGAAACAUAGGCAUGAUGGGGAAUUAGAGGUAGGGUGGUAGGGAUUGGGGAUCCAAAUUGUAUUUUGAUUCUCCUUGGCAAUGGACUAUUUUGGAGAAAUGAGUGGAUGGUUGGUUGCUACCAUGAGUACCAAGAACUGCCGGAGCCAGAAGCACUUAGAAAGCCAGUCCUUCAAGUUCCUACACAGUGGUACUGAAAGAAAUGUUGAGGGGCUUCUUUGUGUUUUGGGCCAAACAUUCUGUCCAUUAAAAUACUUGUUAGAA